AUGACAAAAAGUCUCAUUGGGAGUUCUAUUAUUUUACUUUUUAUCUUAUUCACUCUUAAUUUAUUAGUAUCAGCUUCGGAAGAUGAAGAAAGGCUUAUGGUUGAUGUAUUCCGAGGUUACAACUCCUUAAUUCAACCGGUUCGUAAUAUAAGUGAGACUCCUAUCAUAGUAAAAAUAGCUUUGCAACUUGUCCUCCUAAUCAAUGUGGACGAGAAAGAUCAGGUUAUGCAUACAAAUGUGUGGUUGACUUUGAAAUGGCACGAUUUCCAAAUGAGAUGGAACCCUGUUAAUUAUGGGGAAAUCCGUCAAAUUCGAGUAUCACCCGAUAAAGUUUGGUUACCUGAUAUAGUGUUAUUCAAUAAUGCUGAUGGAAAUUAUGAAGUUUCUUUCAUGUGCAAUGUUGUUAUUAAUAAUAUAGGAGAGAUGUUGUGGGUACCUCCAGCCAUCUAUAAAAGCUCCUGCAUCAUCGAUGUUGAAUUUUUCCCUUUUGAUGAGCAAGUUUGUACACUUGUUUUCGGUUCGUGGACGUAUAAUGAAAAUGAGAUCAAGUUAGAGUUUGAACAAGCUGAAUGGGUUGAUCUCUCCGAGUAUUCACCAUCUUCCAUAUGGGAUUUGAUGGACGCUCCAGCAAGUUUAGUGAAUAAGAGAAGUCGAAUUGAAUUCCAAGUGCGGAUAAGAAGGAAAACCUUAUUCUACACUGUCGUGCUCAUCAUUCCAACUGUUUUGAUGGCUUUCUUGAGUAUGGCAGUCUUCUUCCUCCCUACAGAUUCAGGCGAGAAAAUGACGUUGACCAUAUCCGUUCUGCUCUCUAUUGUAGUGUUUCUGCUCUUAGUUUCGAAAAUUCUUCCUCCUACAUCAAGCACAAUACCUCUGAUGGCAAAAUAUUUGUUGCUGACAUUCGUACUGAAUGUGAUUACUAUUCUUGUAACUGUGAUUAUCAUUAAUGUCUAUUUCCGAGGCCCUACAACUCAUCGUAUGCCUCAAUGGGUUCGCACAAUGUUUUUAGAUUGUAUGCCCAAAAUCAUGUGUAUGCAACGUCCAAAAUCAGCUUCUCGCAAGUUAUUACAAGCUCAAGCUAAAAAAGCAAUCGCUCAGCUGCCAGGUUUGGGACAGUUCUCACUUAAUCCAGCAGCUCAUCAUCCGUAUUGUCCAUCCGCCGAUGAUGCAACUACCAAUGUUAGAGCAAUGCAUUCUCCAUCAGAAAUAGAAAAAAAUCCUGCUACUGCUUGCUUCUAUCCUCUGUCACCAGAUGCUUUAAGAGCGAUUGAUGCUAUAGAAUACAUCACUGAUCAUUUGAAACAGGAUGAAGAAUAUAAAAUGUUCCGCGAUGAUUGGAAAUAUGUAGCAAUGAUAAUCGAUCGAUUACUACUUUAUGUGUUUUUUGGAAUAACUGUUGGUGGAACGUGUGGAAUUCUAUUUAGUGCUCCAUAUGUAUUUCAAGGCGUGGAUCAACGGGAAGUUUUACAAAAGCUGAUAGAUCUUUAUAAACACAAAGGAGCUUCUUGA